AUGUCCAACGCAAAGCAUUGCGAAAGCCAGAGACACAGCCACAGCCAAAGCGCCCGCCGUCAACAGAGUUGCAGUUGCAGCUGCAGCAUCAACACUAACAGCAUUCACAGCUAUCAACUGCUCCUGGCGCUGGCCGCGCUGCUGAUGCCAUUGACACUUGCCCGCCAUUUGCACGAUCAGCUGCCGCUGGGCCUUGCCUACGACGAUGCCGACAGCUCGAGCGCCAGUGCCAGUCUCGACAGCAGCAACUCGCUGCCCGCUUGGCACGCGAAUCCCUUUUAUGGUCUCGCACAGAGCUUCGGCGAUGCCAGUUAUGACAGCGACGCCAGCAGCAGCGGCAGCAGCGCCAACAGCGCCAACAGCGGCAGCAGCGCCAGCGGCAGCAUCGAUGCCGAGAGCGAUAGCAGCUUUGAGCAGAUGACACAGACGGCAAUGAAAGCCGUUAUGCGCGAGCUGCGACGCCAGCGCAUCCGACACCGACGCAGCCACAUGCUGACAUACUUUGUCAGAGCCCAGCAGCAGCCGGAUGCGGCGCCCGAGUGGGAGAAUCCUUGCGGCGGCGUCUACCAGCCCGAUCACAUGCAGCCCAAGGAAAUGGAUAGCUCCGCACGCACCAACAAGCGCAAGUACCUGAAGGCGCUGCGCAACAACACGAGAAGCGAACUGGCAGCUAUAAGCAAUGACGCCAAUCUGGAUUACGGCGACAUUCAGGCCUGGCAGCGCGAGUACAAGUUCCUGCCGAACAUGACGCGUCCCACAAAGGUGAAGCUGCAGUUCUGGUACAGCGACGUGCAAACAUUUGUGGGCAGCUUCGCCUAUUUGGGCAAGGCGCACUACAAAUACCAGAAGGAACACCAGCUGCCACUGGGCAAGGCCACCGAGGAGCUGCACAAGCUGCUCGUCAGCGCCCGCAGGGUGCUCUGCGAAAUUGAGACCACCAUCAAUGCAUCCUAUCCGUACAGCAAUGCCGCCAAGCUCAGCCAGGUGAGCAAGGCCGAGAUGCGUGAGAGCCUCAAGUUCUACACGCCCGCCGACGGCAGCAAGGAGGCCGACAAGCGCGAUCUCAAGUUCACCAAGCAGCUGUACUAUCAAUACUUGGACAACAUGUGGAAGUCGCUGCGUCGGGCGCUGGGCAAGCACCAGCGCAGCAGCUCGGAGCAUCGCCAGCACAGCUCCUCCGCCGCCAGUUCCCGCCAGAGCGCAUAUGAAGUUGCUUCCGGUCGCAAUCCGGCACGCAGCGAUAACUGA